GUUCCUCGCGCCGGCCAAGUUUCUCGGCAGCUUUGUUGUCCUUUCUUCGCUCGCCUUAUUCUUCCAGUCAACUCAAUAAAGCAUUCGCAACUUUUAAUCGCGGGCGGGCCCAUCAUCUCCUUGAUUAUUGACUUAAUUCACGCCACACCUCGCCCUCAUCCAUUUCUCGUCACGUCUCGGAAAGACGUUGUAGGCCCGCAUAGACACCACAUCACCCAACGUCCUCGGACACAUCGACAUCAAUCUCAUCUCAAACCACCAUUCUAGUCCACCAGACGACGCCAUUCAAAAUGGUCUCUUUCAAAUCCGCCCUCACCCUCACCCUUUGCGCCGUCUCCGCCGUCGCGAACCCCAUCGCCAACCCCGAGCCCGAACAGGCCCUCGAGAAGCGCCAGGGCACAACCGACGUCGGCACCGUCACCUGCGGUAGCAACAAGUACUCCAAGAGACAGAUCCAGGACGCCACUGCAGAAGGCUGCCGUCUCUAUGCCGCCAACCAGCAAAUCGGCACCAGCCAGUACCCCCACCGCUUCAACAACCGCGAGAACCUCGUCUUUGCCACAUCGGGCCCCUACCAGGAGUUCCCCAUCAUAACUUCUGGAAACUACAGCGGACGGGCGCCCGGAGCCGACCGUGUCGUGUUCGACCCGGCCUACCGGGGCAGCUGUGUCUACGUCGGCGCCAUGACCCACACCGGCGCUGCAUCGCGCAACGGCUUCGUCUCUUGCAACCAGACGAGGUCGUCGUCGUCGGCCAAUGGCACAUCUGCUGCGUCGAGCUACAAGGGUUCCGGCUCAAUCGGGGCUGUUGUCUCUAUUCUCUCGCUUCUGGCACUCACUGCUUAAUCGAACUCGGCAUGCAACGCAAGAAAACAAAUGCCGAGCGAGGGGUAAUGUGAGAGACGGGACAUGAUGACGCCGCUAGCCGAGGGGUAGCGGAUCGACUCAACUCUCGACGUAUAGACUCUGGUCUGGCCCUCAUCGGGCGCCGUCCCCGGAGGAGAGAGAGUUCAGUGGAGGAAAACAACAGAAAUGAGGCUGUCUGCGCCUGAUGUUUAUGGUAUUUGGAAAUCGCCUUUUCGGACGUUAUGGGUAAGAGGGGCUCGAGCUGGGGAUUGAGUUCAGAGCUUAGCCGGCCACGGUAACUUGCCCGCCUCACUGAGUUGUUGCCGCACCAAGAGACAAGGGAACC